AUGGCCGACGAUACUUAUUACUUGACUCCUCAUGAGAGUGCUUUGGCAGUGGUUGCCACCAGUAUGAAGAAAUCUAGACUACGGCUUGAUACCCUUAUUAUCAACUCGAUUAUCGGAGGUAUGCUUUUUUCUUCUGGAGGAAUGUUGCAUGUUGUCGCGCAGACAAAUCCGGAACUUUUGGAGAGUAACCCAGGAUUGGUGCAUCUAUUGCAAGGGCUAGUAUAUCCUAUUGGCUUGUUUUAUGUGGUCAUUAUGGGCGCUGAACUUUUCAAUUCAAAUGUUUUGUUCUUCACCGUGGGCCUUCUAAGAGGCGCUGUAGGGAUUUUAGAUCUACUCAUAAAUUGGUUUUUAUCAUGGCUUUUUAAUUUGGGUGCCAACUUGUUUGUUUGUUAUGUCAUUUGCUACUUAAGUGGAAGUUUCAGUAUUGGGCCGAUGAAAACUGCAAGUAUAGAAAUUGUGGUUGAAAAAGCAGAAAGGAGUUUUGCGGAAACGUUCAUUAAAGGCAUUGCUUGUAAUUUCUAUGUUUCUCUUGCAAUUUAUUUACAAAUCAUGUGCAAACCUUUACAUAUUAAGUUUUUAAUGAUGCUUCUACCAGUGGUCACCUUCGUGAGUAUAGGUUAUUCCCACACAGUGGCUGAUAUGUUUUUGUGUCCAAUGGGUCUCAUGAAUGGUGCUCCAGUCAAAGUUGGAGUCUACGUUUGGAAGAUUUUGAUUCCUGAAAGUUUGGGUAAUAUUGUCGGAGGCUCAUUUUUCGGCCUUGCUAUUCCAUUUUAUCAACAUUUGGUUGUGGUUGAAAGAGAUAUUGCAGAUGUUGGUUUGCCAAAAUAUGAUGCAAGAGAUGAGCAACCAGAAUUAAUGAUGGAUAGUAGAGUGACCAGAACACAGAAACCUGAUGAUGACAAUCAUGCUAACGAUGACGGAAAAAUCAAUGACGAAAUGGUGGAAAAAUUGAUUUCUAGAAUUGCCACGAGGAUUAGUGAAGAAAACAAACUUAGCAGCAGGUUAGACCGCACGAAAUCUGGCUCUUCAUCAUCAAUAUCUCUGGAACAAAGCUCUGGAGGGGAUAAUGUGGUUCAAAGUUAUAAUGCUGAUUAUCCGAAAAAAUUGUCUAGUAGGAAACUUAGGUCACCACCAGGAGUUUUUCCGGUGAAAGGAAUGGGAGAACCUCUUCAACGAGAAAAAACUAUUGCUACCGGUGUAUCUUUCAGAUCUCACAACUUUAAUAACAGCGUUAAUGAUGCUGCGAAUUUUAGCGAUGCAAGAUCAAUGAUAUCAAGAUUGACCAGUAGAAGAAUAAUGUCUAACGAACCUAUGGAUAUCGAGGAAGAACUCUAUGAAGAUGAAGGAGGAAUUAACGCUAGAGAAGAAUAUCUUGGAAACAAAUUGAUCAAAACUUUGACUUCGAAAACAAAGACCAGGAAAUCUGGCGAUGAAGAAGAUCAGAUUGAUAAUCGAUCCACCAGAUCAGCACGGUUUCCAGCCACUUUCAGUGAAUCAGAAAGUCCACCAACAAAGAUGAAAUCCAAGCUAUCUCAUCUCAGGGGCCAUAAUCACAUCACCUCUCUGGUUAAAGGAGCUCCGCGAAGAAAAUCAGAGGAUAAAUUUGUUGAGGAUUUGGUGAAACAAAAUAUUUCGAAUAAGGUUCUUGGAGCGGCAAAUGACGUUGUUGGUGACGAUGUGGAAAUGAAUGAUCUUAUUAAAUGGUCAAAUGAAACUAAACGAAAAAAUGCCGAAAAUGCUGAAGAUGCUGAAGAUGCUGAACAAAUACCUGAACCACUGGUGGCUCAUCAUAGAAGUAGGUGA